UAUCUCAUUAACGGUAGGUGGCGCGCUCCAAUAUGGCGACUUACAUCAGAUCGGCAAGAAAACGAAAAUGUGGCAAAAAUUUUCCAGAACCAAAGCGUCUUGUGACUCCAGGAGAUGUUAUAACGUCUGACACUGAUUUCAUGAGGGGACAUGGAACAUACAUGGAAGAAGACAAGCUCCAUGCCUCAGUCGCUGGUGUUGUGGAAACAGUCAAUAAACUCAUCUGUGUCAAGCCACUUAAGACAAGGUACAAUGGUGAGGUUGGAGAUGUGGUCAUUGGUCGAAUAACAGAGGUCGGUCAGAAGAAAUGGAGGGUGGACACCAACUCGCGGCUGAACUCUGUCCUGAUGUUGUCCGCUGUCAACUUACCUGGUGGAGAGCUGAGAAGGAGGUCGGCAGAGGAUGAACUGAUGAUGAGGGAAUACCUGGCUGAGGGUGACCUCAUCAGUGCCGAAGUGCAGCAAGUUUAUAGUGAUGGGGCUCUGUCACUUCACACAAGAAGCCUGAAAUACGGCAAGCUCUGCCAGGGAAUCCUGGUGACUGUCUCACCCUCCCUGGUCAAACGACGCAAGACGCACUUCCACAACCUGACGUGCGGAGCCAGCAUCAUCCUGGGCAACAACGGCUACAUCUGGAUCAGCCCCAUCGCUGGAGUGGAGGAAGAGGAGGGCGGGGGCUUCGUUCAGAAUCUGGAGCCUGUUCUACUCUCUGAUAGAGAGGUGAUUUCCCGACUGAGGAACUGCAUUGUGGGAUUAGCUGAGCAUCGCAUGAUGCUGUACGACACAAGCAUUCUGUACACCUAUGAGGCAUCACUAAAAUACACACUUGAGGAACUCCUGAAACCAGAGGUCAUGGAGGAGGUUGUGGAAGACACCAGGCAGAGACUGGAGCAAGAAACGUAGCACACGCCCAGCCACAGUGGAGUAUCCUCAUCAUGUUGGGGGGGGGGCAUUUCAAAAGUUCAAUGCUUUUGAUUACUUUGAAAAAGGGAAAAAUAUGGAUAUGUUUUUUGGGGAGGGGAGAACUUGCCCUCCGUCCUCCCAACAUAGCUACAGAUAGACUUGCAGACACACUCCAUGGACAGGACAGACACACUCCAUGGACUCCACUCCAUGGACAGGAUGAGGAGACAGAGAGGACGGUGGUCACUGAGAUAGGAAUUCUCGUAAGUGCGGUAGUCCACCCGAAUGACUAACACACAACUUUCCAGACAUGGCUUCGUACCCACAUUUUCUUCAGGAUUUCCAUGGUCACAGAAAAUCCUGGGGAAAAAAGUUGUCUUGGAAAGUCGUGGAAAUGUGGCGGAAAAAUGGGUGUUUUGGAAUCCGGUUGUCAGAGGGAAAAAGUCAUGGAAAUCAAUAUCGUGCAAGGGUUAUUUUUGAUGGACCACUUUUGAUAUAAUAAUGGAAUACAUGUAACGAUACAUUUCUAGGCUUUCUUUGUCAGUCUGAAGUAGUGGCUAUGGCCGUCUUCAGUUCACAACAGAAAACAACUUGGCAAAAUAACGUUAAACGUCAUGGAAAUUGUCAUAAUUUAAGUCCUUGAAAUUCCAGAAGUCAUGGAAUUUGGUUUUCAGAGGUCUGUGAGAACCGUGCUAUUUUGAAGUAUUUAACUUAUCUCCCCUUCAAACAAUAAAUUCUGGCAUUUUGAA